AUGGUAGGGAUCCUGUCAAAGACUCUUUCAGAAGUGCAUCCUUCGCUCCGAACGAAUGGUAUGGGUAUUGGUAACACUCAUAGAAGAAUAUCGUUAGGUUUUCUUCCCCCCAACAAGAAGAACCCCCUGGUACGCAAGUUUCGUGCAAGAACGAGAAACACCGAUCAGCGAAGUUUUCGAUCUUUGACAAACGAUUUCGGAAGUAACGUGCAUGAACCAGGUCCAUAUUUGGGUAAUAUUGAAGAGGAACCAGACCUAUACUACCAUGAUGAGGAGGAUGGCGAACUUAGCAGAACAAUUUCUUUGCCCUCAAGAGUGUCAGAAACCCCUGAACUUUCGCCACAAGACGUUGACUGGAUUCUACAUGAGCAUGAACGACGAUAUUCAUCAGUGUAUAACUCUGAUAACGAGGAAGCAAGCCAGAGCAACACACCUGAUGGAACGCAAGAACAUUCUGGAAGAGAGCUGGAAUAUGACGAAUUCAUGAAUAGACUUCAGGCUCAGAAACAGAAAUUGAAUCAAAAUGCAAUAAUUGAAGCGUCACAUCGUAGAAGGCCAUCAUUCGUAUCCGUGACUAGUCGAGGUUCGGUUCCGACCAUUUACCAAGAACUAGACGAGAACGAUUCUGAAGCACUAGUCGAAUUAGCUCAUAGCCAUGUGACCUUCAAGUCAGAGGCGAAAGUUUUAGCAUCCUACUCUUUCCCUCUAAUCUUCACGUUUUUACUGGAACAAAUUUUCCCUAUGGUCUGUUCAUUAACUGUUGGUCACCUGGGUAAGAAUGAGCUAGCGGCUGUAUCUUUAGCAUCCAUGACUUCCAACAUCACCCUAGCUAUAUUUGAAGGCAUUGCCACUAGUCUAGACACUCUAUGCCCUCAAGCAUACGGCUCUGGAAGGUUUUAUAGUGUGGGGGUUCACUUUCAGCGUUGUAUUGCCUUCUCAUUAGUUAUAUAUGUACCGUUUGCAUUCAUGUGGUGGUAUUCUGAACCCAUCCUUUCUUAUAUCAUUCCUGAGAAAGAAUUAAUAAAUUUAACAUCACGAUUUUUGAGAGUCCUGAUACUGGGAGCUCCAGCAUACAUUUUGUUCGAGAAUUUGAAGCGAUUUUUACAAGCUCAAGGCAUUUUUGAUGCAGGUAUCUACGUUCUGACAAUAUGUGCUCCUUUGAACGUCUUGGUCAGUUACACUCUUGUUUGGAAUAAGUACAUUGGCGUUGGAUUCAUCGGGGCUGCAAUUGCCGUGGUGCUUAACUUCUGGCUAAUGUUUUUCUUACUAUCGCUUUAUGCACUGCACAUUGAGGGAAGAAAAUGCUGGGGUGGAUUUUCAAAAAAGGCAUUCACCCAUUGGAAAGAUUUAGGACAUUUAGCUUUUUCGGGUAUUAUUAUGUUAGAAGCAGAGGAACUAUCAUACGAACUACUAACUUUGUUUAGUGCAUAUUAUGGUGUUAGUUAUCUAGCAGCCCAAUCCGCAGCAUCAACUAUGGCGGCACUACUAUACAUGGUUCCUUUUGCAAUCGGUAUAUCUUCCUCUACAAGAAUUGCUAACUUCAUUGGUGCAAAGAGAACUGAUUUUGCACAUAUUUCUUCCCAAGUUGGGCUGUCAUUCUCGUUCAUUGCAGGAUUCACCAAUUGUUGCGUGCUAGUCUUUGGACGUAACAUAAUUGCCAACGUUUACUCUAAAGAUCCCGAAGUCAUCAAAUUAAUCGCGCAAGUAUUGCCCUUGGUAGGUGUUGUUCAAAAUUUCGACUCGCUCAAUGCUGUGGCCGGUUCGUGUCUUAGGGGUCAAGGUAUGCAAUCCCUUGGAAGUAUAGUCAAUCUAUUGGCAUACUAUCUAUUUGGAAUUCCCUUAGCGCUGAUCCUAAGUUGGUUCUUUGACAUGAAGUUAUAUGGUCUCUGGAUUGGUAUUGGAAGUGCUAUGCUUCUAAUUGGCUUGGUUGAAGCUUACUAUGUGUUGUUUCCUGAUUGGGACAAAAUUAUGAGCUACGCUGAAAUCUUGAAAGAAACCGAAGAUGAUGAAGUGGAUAGCGACGAAUAUUUAACGGACUCGGACGAUCCAGAUGAAGGCACAGCUCUCUUAGGAGCUUAA